AUGAUUGUUCAAGAACCUAUACAGGUUAUCGUUUGGGAUUGUCUCAAUAAUUAUGAAUACGACAAUGCUAUAUUUCUGGCUGAGAGACUACACGCCGAAGUGGCAUCGGAGGAAACUGCUUUUUUACUGGGAACUUGUUAUUAUAGAGCUGGGAAAAUAAAUGAGGCUCAAUACUUGUUGCAAAACAUGUCAUUGACUUUACCACAAGCCAGAUUCCUGCUAGCUAAAUGUUUCUUGGAAUUAAAAUCAUUUAAAGAUGCUGAACUUACACUUGGAAACAAUUUAGAUAUUGUUGCUUCUGAAUUUGGAGAACAAGCACCUUAUGCAUUACAACUCCUGGGUAAAAUAUAUAAUCUCACUGAAAGGAGAAGCAAAGCUGUAGAAGCUCACAGAAAAGCACUUUCAUUGAACCCGUUUAUGUGGAAAUCUUUUGCACAACUGUGUAACAUGGGUGAGAAAGUAGACCCUCACCAAGUAUUCCAAAUGAACAAUACUGACUUUACAUUUGGUGUAACUACAUUAGUGAAUCUAGUCAGCAAUUCAGAAAACAUUUCAUUUGUUAAUAGUAACAACAUUCCUAAUAAUACUGCUAUGAAUACUAAUGUCACACCCAACAAUGUGGCUACGAGAACCCCUAUGACAAUGUCCACUAGCAUCACACCCGAGACUCAAGCUCCUGUGAAGAGAAUGCAUAGUGUGUUCAGUGGCAUGGCACCUAUUCCUUUUUCACCCUCUUUUGGUAUGCUACCGAUGGAAGAAUCUCCUGUACUAUAUACACCGACUCUAACAGACUCUAAUGAGCAGAAAGCCAUACCUAAGAUAGUAAACUCAUUACGAGCACAAAUGGGCCAAUUAAAAGAUGCAGUAUUCAGUCCAGCUCCUAGAUGUACUCUCGGACCAGCUCCACGGCGGUCAUCUAGAUUAUUUAGUAAUAAUAACAGCAGUUACUCAGUUAAAGAAAAUAAUAAAUCUCCAAGUAGAAAAUUUGUAGCUCCUAAAAGUCCUUCAAGAAAAAAUAAGCAGCGUACAGCCAAAAAUCUCAAAAGUAACACAGUAGAAGCUAAUGAAAGGAAUAAUAAAAGUGUAGAGACGGUUACACCAACAAUUCCACCAAAGAACUCCAAUGGUGUGGCUUUGUUAAAUUUAAUGCGAGAUUUGGGAGAAGCCUACAAGUCACUGGCAUUCUUAGAUUGCAAAACUGCAAUUAAACUAUUUCAGGAAACAUCACCAAAGCAACUAGCGUCUCCCUGGGUCCAGACUAUGAUAGCGAAAGCACAUUAUGAACUAGCUCAAUAUGAGGCAGCUGCAAAAAUUUUUGCUGAAAUUAGAAAACAAUAUCCAAAUCGUACAGAGGGCAUGGAUAUUUAUAGUACCUGUUUAUGGCAUUUGCAACGAGAAGCACAAUUAUCAGCUUUAUCUCAAGAACUAGUUGAAUUGGAUAGGAAAGACCCCAUAGCUUGGCUUGCUGCUGGUAACUGCUUUUCUCUUCACAAGGAAAGAGAAACUGCAUUAAAAUUCUUCAAACGAGCUGUUCAAUUAAACCCAGAAGCAGCAUAUGCUCAUGCUUUAUUAGGACACGAAUAUGCAGUUGCUGAGGAAACAGACAAGGCUCUUUCUAGCUUCAGAGCAGCAGUAGCAAUUGACCCACGUAAUUAUGUUGCCUGGUUUGGGAUUGCUACAGUUUAUGCGCGACAAGAACGUUGGAAGCCUUCUGAAGUGCACAUUCGACGAGCUUUAACCAUACAUCCUCAUUCGGGAGUUUUGAGGUGCCAAUUAGGAUUAGCACAAGCAGCUCUAGGCAAAAUGGACAGAGCUCUUGCUACUUUAGAAAGGGCUGUUGCUUUAGACACAGAGAAUCCUUUGUGUCGCUUCCACAGAGCUUCUGUUUUAUUACGGGCUGGUAAACCAGAAGAAGCUUUAGCAGAUCUGCACCAUUUGAAAGAUAUUGCGCCAAGAGAAUCAUUAGUAUAUUAUUUACUUGGAAAAGUUCACAAUAAGUUAGGCAAUUCUCAUUUAGCAUUGAUGCACUUUAGCUGGGCUACAGACUUAGAUCCUAAAGGCACGGGAGGACACAUAAAAGAGGGCUUUGACCCAUCCAAACAAGAAGACCCGCCAGAGAGGUCGACCUAA